AUGAGUGCCUCUCAGCAGCAGACCUUCCAGCCGACUUUUUCGGGUUACGAUGUGGACGGAGAGAAGCCAUUCCUUCCCUCUGUAGAUGCGCCGUGCCUCGCGAAACAAAGCAGCAUCUCGCUGAACGACGAGUGCCAAACCUUCAGCAGCGACGCAGAUGAUGACGAAGCAUCAGGAAUGAGUCUUGCAGAUCUUCUAAGGGAACGGAUGCUCUGUGAUGAGACUUCUGGUCUCAACUACAUGCCGUUGCACCUUCUCCACGCUGUCAUGCCGCGACGUCGGGUCGUAAGCGAGCUGCAAUCCCACUACGAAGUCGCUCAAGUGCAAGAAUACGCCAGUCUCAUUUGUCCCGAAGGCACAAGGGACCAAAGUCUUGAUAUAAAGGUAUCGGGAGUCUACACUAAAGUAUUUGCCACCCUCAUCCGCCUGAAUAAGUGCCAGGACAUUGGUAAGUUUGUAGGCGAGGGACUCUCUGACGACAAGCUGCCAUUCAGUCGGAGAGAUGGUACGCUAGAAAUGAAGAGACGAUUCCCCCUGUUUGAGAAUGCAGCUUCGGUGACGGAGAUCCACGCAUGCAAGCACUGGCGAGCAGAUGAUAGAGAAAGAUUCUUUGCUGUCCAGAGGGAAUUUCUGGUGCAUUUCUUCCGACAGAGGCCGGCCCGCGAUGAAGAUUUAGUCAAAGAAAUGGGAGAACCCACAUGCAUGUGGGUAGAUAAGCUGCCCAAUACGACAUAUCUUCCCUGGAAAGAGCGGAGAAUGAGCACUUCGCAAACAGAAGGCCUGUCUAUUCCUCACAUGAGCAGCUCCUAUGCUGGUGGUGCUUACGGCGGAGUAUCGCCGUUCGAAAUAGACGAUGGGAAUCAUGAUUUCAUGCAGCUUCUCGAGGGUAUUGGCCUCGAUGGCAAAGUCUUCGCGGUCAAAACUCUCCGCCGAAUCACCCGCACUCGCGACAACCCAGAGCUUCCCCCACGGGACGAGACCGAUGAGGAGAUGCGGAUCCGAUUUCGCAAAGAGGUCGCUGUUCUGUGGCGGCUCGACGGCACGGUGCAUCCUCAUCUAUUGACGAUGCUGACAGCUUUCGAGCACAACGACGGCCACCUGCAACUCCGCUUCGUCUUUCCCUGGGCUGAGUGUGAUCUCCUUGGCCUCUGGCAACUGGGCAAUAAAUCCUGGAAAUGGGACGCCGCAUCGUUCAUUUGGAUGGCGGAGCAGAUUGACGGCAUUCUGGGAGCCGUCGAGAAACUGCACGAGCCGGCCCACCUUCACGAGCUGGAACAUGAUAAUCGGCGAUAUGGCUUGCAUGCCGACAUCAAGCCGGACAACAUCCUCCUGUUUCGUUCACAGGCGCGCCCUCGGGGGAUACUCGUGCUCUCUGACUUUGGUCUGUCUUCAUUCCAUCGUGAAAUAACCCGGUCCAACAUCCCCAACAACAAGGUGAUGGGCACUCCAGCGUACAACCCGCCCGAAUGCGACGUGCAAGGUGGGCUGAUUUGCCGUCGGUAUGAUAUCUGGACACUAGGCUCACUUUUUCUUGACAUGCUCACCUGGCUACUAGGAGGUGAAAAGCUUUUGGACGAUUUCCAGAAUUUCGUCGAGGUGCAGUACAUCACGGGGGGUCUUCGGAAAAUGUUCUACCAGAUCUGUGAGAUCCAGUCGCAAGGCACCGGUUCUGUGCACAUUAGAGAUGGUAUUCUCAAAGAUACCGACAGGCAAAAGUGGUAUGGGAUACAACUAAACCCGAAACUGACCCAGUGGAUCCAGCUCCUCAAAUCCCGUGAAGGUUGCUCCGGUUUUGUCAAAGACAUCCUCACGCUCAUCGAAGAAAAGAUGCUGAGGCUUCAGGCAUCCAAGCGGUGGGAGUCGAAACAUCUCAAGAGAGAAUUCACCAAAAUACUGUCACGCUGCUCCUCUCACGGUGACUAUGUCUUCAACGGGAGCCCAAAGCCUCAGAAUCAAGGAAGCAUUUCGCAGUCGCUGGGUGACACCCUUGCGGUCCAGCCCACGCCGGUCUACAUAGCGCCUCUGAAGGCUGAGUCAUAUCAGCAGAUCAGGGCGAACCAACAAAGCCUGCGACUGCCGCUUCAUUCAGUUACAGAGAACGAUCAGCGCUUGAAGGGAGAUACGAAAUAUGACUUAUGGAUGGGAACUGAUAUGGAACGGGAUGCAUGGAGUCAAUACAAUACAGUGUCGACCGUUGUAGAGCAGUUUGCCCCGAGUAUACAAGAGGGAAUGACCGCUGAAACCGAGCUGUUGACCAAGGGAGUCCAACUUGGAGACACCCAGGUUCUCAAGGCUCAUUCCUUCAAACCCCUCAACAUCGUGCGAGACGAGCUCGAGCAACACUAG